GAACUGCUGCGAGAGUAUAGAGAGGAGGGGGGAGCUCGAGCCAGGCGAGGGAGGGCAACAGACGGGGCCGCAAGCAGGCACCAGCAAGCGGCCAGCAGCGGCAACUUUUCCUCCUCAUUUUAUUUUUUUCCCCUCGAAUAUCCUCCCACCCUCUUUCAAUUUGGUCCUGAAGUUUUUUUUUGUCCGAUGCCAUCCCGUUUCUAGCGGUAUUCUUCGCUUCGUGGCCCGCUGAAGCUUUGUCUCUCCAUAACGGAAAAAGAGGAGAGACUUUUUUGGCUUUUCCGCUGCGGAGAUUCGCCUCGCCUUGCCUUCGGCCGCUACUCCACGCCAGCCAUCACUAGCUUUUCUAAAAGUUGGAGCUCGCUGCCUAGCCAAGUCGGGACGGGACAUCCCGGCAGAGUUCUAGCCAAUGCUCGCUGCGUCCUUCAAGUAACUAAUUGGAUCUUUUUUUGAUGCGUGUUGAUGUGCGAGAAUAGUUUUUGAUUUGUCUUUACGGACAUAGCGCAACUUUUUUUCGCCUCCCCAGUAAAGAACUCCCCCCUUUGGCGACCGCGAGUGGCCUGUCCCAUCCAAUGCGUUGGAAUGAGAGGGGUCAAUACCAGGUCGGGUAAAGGGGUCGGCAAAAUCGGUAAACUUUUCAUUUUCCCCCGUUUUUACUGAUUGCGGUUUAUACACUGGCUAUGGAGGUCCACUAACCGCGAGGAGACGAGGCACGGGGGCCAACAGGACGUAGAGAGCGCGAGGUGAUCUUCCUCCUCCCGUUCCUAUUUCAUUUUAAGGGGUCAUAGGUCACGCUAGGUAACAAGAUGGCGGCCUCCGUGAAGGUGGCGGUGCGCGUGCGGCCCUUCAACACCCGUGAGACCAACAUGGACGCCAAGUGUGUCAUCCAGAUGCAGGGCAACUCCACCUGUAUCACAAACCCCAAACAGCCCAAAGACGGAGCCAAGAACUUCACAUUCGAUUACUCCUACUGGUCACACACAUCACCUGAGGAUCCAUGCUUUGCAUCGCAGCAGCAGGUGUACAGGGACAUAGGAGAGGAGAUGCUUCUGCAUGCCUUUGAGGGCUACAACGUCUGCAUCUUCGCUUACGGCCAGACGGGCGCCGGCAAGUCCUACACCAUGAUGGGGAAGCAGGAGCCUGGACAACAGGGCAUCAUUCCACAGCUGUGUGAGGACUUAUUCAAACGCACACUGGAAAAUAAAGACCCAGAGCUUUCCUUCUCAGUAGAGGUGUCCUACAUGGAGAUCUACUGUGAGAGGGUGCGCGACCUGCUGAACCCCAAGAGCAAGGGCCCGCUGCGGGUGAGGGAGCACCCCAUCAUGGGGCCCUACGUGGAGGACCUCUCCAAGCUGGCUGUCACCUCCUAUUCGGACAUACACGACCUCAUGAACUGCGGGAACAAGGCCCGGACGGUGGCUGCCACCAACAUGAACGAGACGAGCAGUCGAUCUCACGCUGUCUUCACCAUCGUCUUCACACAGCGCCGUCGCGACCAGAUGACCAGCCUCGACACCGAAAAGGUCAGUAAGGUGAGCCUGGUUGACCUGGCCGGCAGUGAGAGGGCAGACUCUUCUGGAGCCAAAGGCACGAGACUGAAGGAGGGAGCCAACAUUAACAAGUCUUUGACAACUCUGGGAAAGGUCAUCUCUGCCCUGGCCGAAAUGCAAGGCACAAAGAAGCGCAAGGCCUCACAUAUCCCUUACCGAGACUCCGUGCUGACCUGGCUAUUGAAGGAGAACCUAGGUGGUAACUCUCGCACGGCCAUGAUCGCGGCCCUCAGUCCAGCUGACAUCAACUAUGAAGAGACCCUCAGCACCCUCAGGUAUGCAGACCGUGCCAAGCAGAUUCGCUGCAACGCCAUCAUCAAUGAGGACCCCAAUGCCCGCCUCAUCCGAGAACUCAAGGAGGAGGUCACCAGACUCAGACACCUGCUGCUGUCCCAAGGCCUCAGCGAACUCAUGGCUGCACAAGAGGUGAAUAACAACAACUGCCUUCCUCAAGUGGGUGUGGCCUCCCCUCCUCCUGCCAUUGCCGCUGCCCCUGUCACUAACGGAGCCCCGCCCACUCAGCCUCAGCCAGCCAAUCAAAACGCUGCUCUGGAAGGAGGGGAGGCCAGGCCAGAGGACCAGAGUAACCUCGACCAAUCGGAGGAGUUCCAGGAAGACCCCAUCAUCACCAAAGAGGAGGCGGUGGAACGACUGCAGGAAACAGAGAAGAUUAUUGCAGAGCUGAAUGAAACCUGGGAGGACAAGCUGAGGAAGACUGAAGCCAUACGAUUAGAAAGGGAGACCCUGCUGGUAGAGAUGGGCGUCUCCAUCCGAGAGGACGGGGGAACCCUCGGAGUCUUCUCUCCCAAAGGAACACCCCACCUGGUAAACCUGAAUGAGGAUCCACUUAUGUCAGAGUGCCUGCUCUACUACAUCAAAGAGGGCAUCACCAGGGUUGGCCAAAAGGAGGUGGACAUCAGACUAAGUGGUCAGUUCAUCAAAGAGCAGCA